GUACGUGUCGGUGCGUCACUGUGCUUCUUCCUCCGCCACAGACUGACACACAUCCACAGAUAUGGCUCUGUGAGAAGGCACAUGGUGGCGGCUAACCAUGAACCAAAAAAUAAAUCACCAAAAACAGUUCAUGCAUCAGUAGCAACCCGAUUUCGUUUAUUUUUUGGGGGGGGAUUCAACCAUUGCAACAACUGCACUAGACAUACAAUUGGUUUGCACUGUUACGGGGAGAGAAGCUAGCAAGCAACUUGGAACCCCUCCUCGCUUUUCUCCAGUUUUACUGAGCUAUUUUACUCGGUUUUUAAACACUUUUUUUGGUUGCAAUUGCUCUUUUUAUUUAAUUUUUAAAGACAGUCAUCAUGGGCGUGCAAGGUUUCCAAGAAUACAUAGAAAAGCACUGCCCUACUGCCGUGGUACCCGUGGAGCUCCAGAAGCUAGCCCGGGGCAGUCUGGUCGGAGGAGGCAGGCAGAGACCACCUCAGAGCCCGCUACGGCUGCUGGUUGACGCGGAGAACUGCCUCCACCGACUCUACGGGGGUUUCUACACCGACUGGGUAAGUGGCGGGCAGUGGAACCACAUGCUUGGCUACCUGGCUGCCCUCGCCAAGGCCUGUUUCAACGGUAACAUUGAGCUACUGGUUUGUUUCAAUGGCGCCAUGGAGAAAGGCCGUCUUCACGAAUGGGUCAAACGACAGGUGAACGAGAGACAGACAGCGCAGCAGAUUGUCAGCCAUAUCCAGAACAAGGGGACUCCUCCGCCGAAGGUCUGGUUCCUUCCCCCAGUGUGCAUGGUCCAUUGCAUCCGGCUGGCCCUACUCAGGUUCCACAUUGGGGUUGUCCAGAGUAUCGAGGAUCAUCACUUGGAGGUGAUAUCUCUGUGCAGGGAGAACGGGUUCCACGGCCUGGUGGCGUACGACUCGGACUAUGCGCUGUGUAACAUCCCCUGCUACUUCUCUGCCCACGCCCUGAAGCUGAGUCGCAACGGGAAGAGCCUGACCACCUCCCAGUACCUGAUGCAUGAAGUGGCCAAACAACUGGACCUCAACCCCAACCGUUUCGUUAUCUUCGCUUCACUUUUAGGUAACCACAUACUGCCCGAUGAAGACUUGGCUGCCUUUCACUGGAGUCUCCUGGGUCCAGAGCAUCCGCUAGCAUCGCUCAAGGUGCAUAACGAGGCACAGGUGCAUAACGAGGCACAGGUGCUUAACGAGGCACAGGUGCUUAACGAGGCACAGGUGCAUAACGAGGCACAGGUGCAUAACGAGGCACAGGUGCAUAACGAGGGCACAGGGGCAGUGAUGGAGAAGACCCGACCCACAGCCAAUGCCGCUCGAGAGGUGUUCAGUUGGAGGGUUUUUGGAGCCAACAGGAAACGCAAUGUGCGUCUGAUGUCACAGCGCACACUCACAGGUACUCGCAGACAUCUUCAGAUCGCAGACAUCUUCAGACACUCACAGUCUAGGACUGAUGACAAAGUUGUCCGCUUUAAGAAAGCAGUGGAGUACUACUCAGCAGCCAGCAAGUCUCAACACUUCUCACCUUACCAAGUUGGACCAAACCAGACAGGAGGACCUGUAGUUUCUCCAGUAGCAGCAGUUCUGUCACACUACGCACCUCUAGCUCCGCUGCCUCAGACACUCAACAUUCCCCCCCUGUCGGGGAAACCUGGGGUCCAGCCUGCCUACACAGCCCCCCCGGUCGUAGAGCCUGGCCCUGGGGCUAAUGCUGGUCCUGGUGGUGACCCUGGUCUCAGUCCUGGUACUUGUGGUUCUGUUCUGGCUGUGGAGUCAGCGGUGGGGAAGACCCUGGCAGAGCAGGUCCCAAGCACCUUCAGCAGCAUUCCUCCUAAAGAGAAGCACACGCCGCUUUACGAGAGGUCUUCUCCCAUCAACCCCUCUUUUCCCCCGGGGGUUACGGCCGCCACCAGCCCCUCCUCCUCCUCCUCCUCCUCCUCCUCCUCCACCACCACCUCAGAGAACGAGGACAACGCAGGCUUCACUGCCAAUCAUGUAAGUGACCAUAAAGGAGGAUGGGACAGACCAUCAGAGAGCACAGCAGAGGGGGAACUGGGAGGAUGGGACAGACCAUCAGAGAGCACAGCAGAGGGGGAACUGGGAGGAUGGGACAGACCAUCAGAGAGCACAGCAGAGGGGGAACUGGGAGGAUGGGACAAACCAUCAGAGAGCACAGCAGAGGGGGAGCUGGGAGACCAAACCAAGGCUAACCCAACGGUGACACCUCCUGUGGCUCAGGGGUUAGAGGUCAUCGGUCAUCUGAAUGCCCAGAUUAUUAUCCCGUCUUUGCUGUCAAUGCCGACCAGGAACCACAUGGACAUCACUACCCCUCCACUCCCCAUGGUGGCUCCAGAGGUCCUCAGAGUGGCCCAACACAGACACAAGAAUUAUUUAAGGUACCCCUACAUCUACCACAUCCUUACCAAGGGGGAGAUAAAGCUGUCCGUCACCAUAGAGGAUGAGGCCAACCAGGAGCUGCCGUCAGCAGUGCAGCUGUUCAGACCCAUCCGACAGCAUGUCUAUGGGGUUCUCUUCAGCCUGGCUGAAGCCAAGAAGAAGGCUGAGAGACUAGCCAUGAGGCGCAACCGUCUGCCUGAAUACCCCCCUGUGGCAGUGAAGGAGUGGGCGGCCUACAAGGGGAAGUCCCCCCACACCCCAGAGCUGGUGGAGGCUCUUCCCUUCAGAGAGUGGACCUGUCCAAACCUGAAGAAGCUGUGGCUGGGCAAGGCUGUGGAGGAUAAGAACGGCAGGAUGAGGGCCUUCCUGGCCUGUAUGAGGUCAGAUGCCCCAGCCAUGCUCAACCCAGCCUGCGUCCCCACACAUCUCCUGGUUCUCUGCUGCGUGUUGAGGUUUAUGUUACAAUGGCCAGGAGUACGAGUUUUGCGUGGUAAGGAACUGGACGCGUUCCUAGCCCAAGCACUUUCUCCUAAACUGUAUGAGCCUGAACAGCUGCAGGAACUCAAGAUUGAUAAUCUGGACCCCCGCGGCGUGCAGCUGGCUGCUCUGUUCAUGAGCGGCGUGGACAUGGCCUUAUUGGCCAACGACGUGUGUGGCCAGCCAAUCCCCUGGGAGCACUGCUGCCCAUGGAUGUACUUUGACGGCAAACUGCUGCAGAGCAAACUGAUCCGGGCCAUUCGGGACAAGGUCCCGCUCAUCGACCUCUGUGAUGGUCAGGUGGAUCAGGUGAACAAGGUGAAGAAAAUGCGUCAGAGCAUCCUGGAGGGGCUUAACUUCUCGCCACCUCCUCCCCCCCCCCACGCCAUGCCUUUCUACCCCCCAGGGGGGGCCUUCUACCCCCCACCCCACAUGAUACCACUGCAGGGCAGGAGCAGGAGCAUGUGCAUGCCUCGUCUGCCAAGCAUGUCCACCCAGGGCGGGAAGCUGGAGAUAGCAGGCACGGUGGUGGGCCAGUGGGCUGGCAUCAGACGGGGCCGAGGCAGAGGAGGCUUCCCCAUCCAGGUGGUGUCUGUCGGGGGAGCAAACAGAGGGUGGGACAGACGUCAGGUGCGGGGUGUGAUCUCCACUCCUGUCACAGGGACAUACCAGGUCGAGGAGACAUACCAGGUGGGACAGGGACCCCUCAGAGGACAUUCAGGUGAGACAGUGGACCAGGGGAACAUACCAGGUGGGACACGGGACAUACCAGGUGAGACAGGGGACAUACCAGGUGAGACAGGGGACAUACCAGGUGGGGGGACAUACCAGGUGGGACAGGGAACAUACCAGGUGGGACACGGGACAUACCAGAGUAAGCCUACCUACUCCAUAGCCAGUGAGGUGAAGGAGAGGAAGAAGUUGAAGACUGAGGAGAAGGAGAAAUCUCCCGUUAUGCUGUCUUCAGACGGGUCCACUACCGAGAACGGAGUGGAGGAGAGAGAGGAGGGGGGACUGGAAGAGCCGGAGGAGGAGGGACUGGAGGAGGAAGAGGGACUGGAGGAGGGGGGAGUGGAGGAGGGAGUGGAGGAGAGUGGGGUAGAGCAGUUGAAAAGUCAGGUCAUGGAGGUGAGAGAAAGCAGGGCUGUGAAUAUUCAACCAGAAAGUGCCUUUAGCAGCAACCCCAAGAUGUGCAAUACUAACCCCCGCCUAAAUGCAGACGGCGCCCGUCUCAGAGACGCAGCAGAACCUCUGAGCGUAGCCGUCUCUGUCUUACAAACAGAAGAGUAAAAAAAAAAAAAAAAAAUGUUUUUUUUUUGUAGAGAGGGUGAAGAACGAGUGAGAGGAUGUAAGGAAAUCUACAGUCACUGUUCCAUAUUGUACGCAUUCCAAACAGCUCCCUAUAUAGUGCAGUAGUUUUGACCAGAGCCCUCAGGGUUAUACUUCCCAUAGGCCUCUGGUCUAAAGUAGUGCACAACAUCGGCAAUAUGGUGCCACUUGGAAUACAUCUAUGAGAACAUUAAAUUCAGACCCCCUUUUUCGAUGAUGUCAACCAGAUAAACCCCCCCAGAAUGAUGAGGAUUUCUUCUUUUUUAGCAAGAGAGCUGCGCAGACCAGUACUAAACAGAAUACAUACUACCAGUCACUAAAUACUGGGCCAGUCACUCCACUCUCUCUCUCCACUGAUAUCGACAUGAUUACUAUCGUGAUAUGACCAUGGUUUGUGUCCCAAAUGUAUUCCCUAUAUAUAUAUAUAUAUAUAGUGCACCACUUUUGACCAGGCACCCAUAGGGUUGAUAACUUGGCUCUGGUCAAAAGUAGUGCACUAUGUAGGGAAUAGGAUGCAAGUUUGAGAAGCAGGCCAUGUCUCAGACUGGGUACUUUAAUCCCUUUGAGAUAAUACUGAAGCCGAAACUACAAUGCUUUUGUCUCUUUUAGUUCCUUUUAUAGGUUAAGAUGCACCAGCAGUAUGUACUAGGCACCAUAUAUUUGCCAUUGUAACUUUGUUGUCACAGUAAAUAACGUUUUUGAGAGUUUUAACAACAGAGAAGCAGAUGGAGUUACAGAAUGCUUCCCCAAUGGCACCCUAGUCUGUAUAUAGUGCACUACUUUUGACGUGGAUAGAUGAACAUUUGAUCAUUUAAAAACAACCACACGUGGAUAAUGCAUUUUUAAAAAAUCAUGAAAACGGAUUUCCAUUUUGGUCCCCUUUAAAUAAAUACAACAAGUAAUUGAAAAAUAAAACUAGGUUACAAUAGUUGCUACUAGCUAGAUCAGUCUGAUUAGAUCAGCUAAAUUAGUGUGUUUUAUUUAUUUGAUUUUUUAAAAUUAUUUAACUUAGAUCAAGUCUGAGUUCUUCUUGAAGCUUCCAGCAUAUGGUCAUGAGGAUCUGGAAGUUCAUAGCUGUACAGUAGAUGGUCAGAGGAGGUGGUGGUGGUGACUGGUCAGAGGAGGAGGUGUUGGCUGGUCAGAGGAGGUGGUGGUGGCUGGUCAGAGGAGGAGGUGUUGGCUGGUCAGAGGAGGAGGUGGUGGCUGGUCAGAGGAGGUGGUGGUGGCUGGUCAGAGGAGGUGGUGGUGACUCUGGUCAGAGGAGGUGGUGGUGACUCUGGUCAGAGGAGGUGGUGGUGACUCUGGUCAGAGGAGGUGGUGGUGACUCUGGUCAGAGGAGGUGGUGGUGACUCUGGUCAGAGGAGGUGGUGGUGACUGGUCAGAGGAGGAGGUGGUGACUCUGGUCAGAGGAGGUGGUGGUGACUGGUCAGAGGAGGUGGUGGUGACUGGUCAGAGGAGGUGG